AGACAAUAAGAAACAAACGGUACAACUCCACAAAAGGCUUCCCGGAAAAUAAGUGUCAAAUAAAUCCUACAGAACUCCCGCUUCUGCCACUGAGCUCUGUCUAUGCAAACCUGUUCUAUGCCAUCGCUGCCCGGGCUGAGCUGCGUUUGUUUGGAAAUAAGCCAUUGCUUUUUCUUUUUUCUUUUUUCCUUUUUAAAAAAAUUUCCCUCCCCCCGCCCCCCACCUCAGCUGAGGGCUCUGGAUUAAUUCCUUGAGACAUAUCUUUGCAUACAUGUCUCAUGAGUUAUGUUUCCUGGAGCCUUUUACUAGGAACAUUAAGGUUUUUGAGUCAUGAUGCAAGAAUCUGGGACUGAGACAAAAAGUAACGGUUCAGCCAUCCAGAACGGGUCGAGCGGCAGCAACCAUUUGCUCCAGUGUGCCAGUCUUCGCGAGGGGCGGUCCAACGGGGAGACGCCGGCCGCGGACGCGGGGGCCGCUGAGCUCGUGCACGUGCAGCAGCAGCAGAAACAGGCACUUCAAGUGGCCAGACAGCUUCUCCUUCAGCAGCAACAACAGCAGCAAGUUAGUGGAUUAAAAUCUCCCAAGAGGAAUGACAAACAACCAGCCCUUCAGGUUCCCGUGUCAGUGGCUAUGAUGACACCUCAAGUUAUCACUCCCCAGCAAAUGCAGCAGAUCCUCCAGCAACAAGUGCUGAGCCCUCAGCAGCUCCAGGUCCUCCUCCAGCAACAGCAGGCCCUCAUGCUCCAACAGCAGCAGCUUCAAGAGUUUUAUAAAAAACAACAGGAACAGUUGCAGCUUCAACUUUUACAACAACAACAUGCUGGAAAACAGCCUAAAGAGCAGCCGCAGGUGGCAACCCAGCAGCUGGCCUUUCAGCAGCAACUACUCCAGAUGCAGCAGCUGCAACAGCAGCACCUCCUGUCUUUACAGCGCCAAGGCCUUCUUACCAUUCAGCCAGGGCAGCCUGCCCUUCCCCUCCAGCCGCUCGCUCAAGGCAUGAUUCCAACAGAACUGCAGCAGCUCUGGAAAGAAGUGACAAGUGCUCAUUCUGCAGAAGAAACCACAGGCAGCAAUCACAGCAGUUUGGAUCUGACCACGACAUGUGUCUCCUCCUCUGCACCUUCCAAGACCUCCUUAAUAAUGAACCCACAUGCCUCUACCAAUGGACAGCUCUCAGUCCACGCUCCCAAAAGGGAAAGUUUGUCCCAUGAGGAGCAUCCCCAUAGUCAUCCUCUCUAUGGACAUGGUGUAUGCAAGUGGCCAGGCUGUGAAGCAGUUUGUGAAGAUUUCCAAUCAUUCCUAAAACAUCUCAACAGUGAGCAUGCGCUGGACGAUAGAAGUACAGCUCAAUGUAGAGUACAAAUGCAGGUUGUACAGCAGUUAGAGCUACAGCUUGCAAAAGACAAAGAGCGCCUGCAAGCCAUGAUGACCCAUCUGCACGUGAAGUCUACGGAACCCAAAGCCGCCCCUCAGCCCCUGAAUCUGGUAUCAAGUGUCACACUCUCCAAGUCUGCAUCUGAGGCUUCUCCACAGAGCUUACCUCACACUCCGACGACCCCAACCGCCCCCAUCACUCCUGUCACCCAAGGCCCCUCCGUCAUCACCACCACCAGCAUGCAUACGGUGGGACCCAUCCGCAGGCGGUACUCAGACAAAUACAACGUGCCCAUUUCUUCAGCAGAUAUUGCGCAGAACCAAGAAUUUUAUAAGAACGCAGAAGUUAGACCACCAUUUACAUAUGCAUCUUUAAUUAGGCAGGCCAUUCUCGAAUCUCCAGAAAAGCAGCUAACACUAAAUGAAAUCUAUAACUGGUUCACAAGAAUGUUUGCUUACUUUCGACGCAAUGCGGCCACAUGGAAGAAUGCAGUGCGUCAUAAUCUUAGUCUUCACAAGUGUUUUGUGCGAGUAGAAAACGUUAAAGGGGCAGUAUGGACAGUGGAUGAAGUAGAAUUCCAAAAACGAAGGCCACAAAAGAUCAGUGGUAACCCUUCCCUUAUUAAAAACAUGCAGAGCAGCCACGCCUAUUGUACACCCCUCAAUGCAGCUUUACAGGCUUCAAUGGCUGAGAAUAGUAUACCUCUAUACACUACCGCUUCCAUGGGAAAUCCCACUCUGGGCAACUUAGCCAGCGCAAUACGGGAAGAGCUGAACGGGGCAAUGGAACAUACCAACAGCAACGAGAGUGACAGCAGUCCGGGCAGAUCCCCUAUGCAAGCCGUGCAUCCUGUGCACGUCAAAGAAGAACCGCUCGAUCCAGAGGAAGCUGAAGGGCCUCUGUCCUUAGUGACAACAGCCAACCACAGUCCAGAUUUUGACCACGACAGAGAUUACGAAGACGAACCAGUAAAUGAGGACAUGGAGUGAACGUGUCUGGGCGGGGGCCAACCCCAAGAACGAAGAUUGGGAAAAAAAACAAAAACAAAAACAAAACAAAACAAAACACGUCAAAAGUUAGCAGUGAAAUUGUUCUCCAUUUGUUGUACAGUCUGGAGGAUUUUCACUACAUUUUGACAACUCUGAAACGUGUUAACUCUUAGUGCCAUCAAGAAUCCCAUUUGGGAGUAUUUUUGAUUUUUCUACUUUUUGUUGAAAAAAGGAAUUUGUACUCUGUGCAUUGGAUGGACUUGUUUGGUACUUGGGAUUUUCCUCUCUUAACAGUCAACAUCAGUGUUGUAAAUUUGCUAAACUGAUUCACUUUUAGCAGCAGACUUUGAACUGCAGUCCUGCCAACGUUGGACACUGAGGACACCCAACUGAGCAUGUGCACCUAAGCUGCAGACCAAGCCUCUGCCCAGAAUUUAAGGAUUCCAAUGGACGACCUAUUUGCACAGUACUGCAUGUUGAUUAUCACUGCCUUUACUCCUUUUUUUUUGUUCGUUUUUGUUUUUGUUUUGCUUCCAGUUGGGAUGGGGAAGGCCUUUGUGUGUGUAUUGGGGGGAGGGGGUUAAAAAGUAAUUAUCCCAAACUUUUUAAUGUAUUGCAUUUUUUUUUUUUUUUUUUUUUUUUGCUUCUACUAUACC